UGUUUCUUCAAGGAAACCAGGAAAAAGCUACCAAGCUUCCUUAUUUUGACCGCCCAUUUCUUCUUCCUGUCUCCCAAAAUUUCCAAUCUUUUGUGGAAAACCUUUAUAACCCACCUGUUCACACUCCCUUAAACUCCAAUCCAACAGAUAGAAAAGCUGGUUUUCCUAUUUCUCCAGCUUUGAAUUGCUCAAACCUCUCGUGCUCUUUGAAAUAAAGAAAACUCAAAACGUUGAAACCACCACCAGUCUCUCUCAUCUAAUUCCAAAGCAACACAUACCUGUCCGCUCCUUUUUCCAAUUCCUUACACGUAUUUGAAGGACUAGUUGGGGUUGGUGUUGGUUUCUGAGACUAUAUAAGUGAGGGGAUAAGCAUGUCAGAGUCAUAACAAUCACUUGUCAAAGAUUUGAUCUUCAAGCUAAGUUUCCCUUUCGGAUUCUCCAAAACCCUUCAUCGUCUUUUGAGUCUGAUACCCAUCAAUUUUGGUGAAUUACCAAUUUUUAUGGGGCAGUCUCAUUCCUUACUUGCCUUGGCCUGGAAAGAAAUUAAGAAGCACAACUUCUUCGAUUUUGUCUACAACUCCAGUUUGAUCAGUCCCAAUGUUGGGGGUGUGAUACUAAGAACCCACAGCUUCAAAAGAAGUUCUGAAACCAAAACGGAAACCGAAACCAUGACCGUCGCCGAUGAGUCUAAUAAGUUGGGUGGCCUUAACAAUUCGAGCCGGCUGAAGGACUGCAAGCCUGAAAAUGUAAUCUUGGAUAGGAGCCUCUCGUUUAAGGAAAUGUUGGGGACGGAAGUUUAUAAAGGCAAAAAUGAGUUGAAGCAUAAACCGAUGCCCGCACUUGCUGUGUCUCAACCGGAUUAUAUGUUUUCUCCUAGACCGGUUAAGGAGCUUGACACUGCAGCAGUCACACUUCAGAAGGUUUACAAGAGUUAUCGAACUCGAAGAAACCUGGCAGAUUGUGCAGUGGUGGCUGAGGAGCUAUGGUGGAGACGCACAUUAGAUUCUCCAGCGGGGCCUAAAGAGAUGUGGUGGAAAACCUUGGAGUCUGCAGCUCUCAAGCAGAGUUCUGUGUCAUUCUUCAAUGUUGAGAAGCCAGAAACCGCCGUUUCCCGGUGGGCAAGGGCCAAGACUAGAGCUGCCAGGGUGGGGAAAGGUUUGUCAAAGGAUGAGAAAGCACAAAAGUUAGCUCUUCAACAUUGGCUUGAAGCUAUUGAUCCACGCCAUCGGUAUGGGCACAAUUUACAUUUCUACUAUGAUUUGUGGUUUGAGAGUGAGAGCACCCAGCCUUUCUUCUACUGGCUGGAUGUUGGAGAUGGCAAAGAAAUAAAUCUUGAGAAAUGCUCGAGGACGGUUCUACAGCGCCAAUGCAUUGAGUACCUCGGACCGAAAGAAAGGAAAGCUUAUGAAGUAGUAUUGCACGAUGGGAAGCUAAUAUAUAAGCAAAGUGGGAACCUUGUUAAUAGCACUGACGAUUCGAAAUCCAUAUUUGUGCUGAGCACAACAAGGGCUUUGUAUGUUGGUCAGAAGAAGAAGGGUCAGUUUCAACAUUCGAGUUUUCUAUCCGGAGGUGCUACUACAGCAGCUGGAAGAUUGGUUGCCCAUGAUGGAGUUCUUGAGGCUAUUUGGCCUUACAGUGGUCAUUACCACCCAACAGAAGAGAACUUCAUGGAAUUCAUCAGCUACCUCGAAGACAACAAUGUCGAUCUCACUAAUGUCAAGAGGUGUGCGAUUGAUGAUGAUUAUCCUUCAAUGAGGAAAACUGAAGGUGAACUAACAAAGCAAAACUCAUUGAAGUCAUCGCAAUCGGAAGGGGCAGCCGCAACCAGUGUCGAUGACCUGACCAAGAAGGCACCGAUUGCGGCCGUUCAUUCUGAAGUAAAUAAGAACGUUGAUGGUGGCAUUGCUAAACCACCAAUGUCCCCCAUGGCUAAUCGCUUGUCUUGCAACUGGUCUACUGGAAAUGGAGCCAGAAUUGGGUGCGUGCGAGACUACCCUAGUGAACUACAAACCAGAGCAAUGGAACAGGUCAAUCUAUCUCCUCGUGUGGGUCGUUCGAUGUCCGGCCCAAUUCCAUCUCCUAGGCCCAGUCCAAAGAUCCGCAUCUCACCUAGGCUUGCAUAUAUGGGCCUGCCAAGUCCAAGGCCUAGGACCCCAAUUGCUGCAGCUAACUAAGUCUGAUAUUGCUAGGGGCACUCCUUGUGCCAAAAUUUUAUUCAUUAUAGUUUGAUUUUUUUUCCUGUACAUGCCUCCAUUGAGCCUAGCUUUUUUCUUUAACCCAAAGUCUGAUGCCUGCAAAAUUUCCGGUCCAGAUGGGUUCAAUUGAUUCUUUCAUUAUAAAAGGAAAUUCAUAUGAUAUACUAAUUUUGUUCA